AUGGCGAGCCAAAGAAAGCAAAUCUUCAUCAUCGGCGGCACGGGUGCACAAGGAGUCCCCGUCGUAGAAGCCUUGACUCGGGACCAAGCAUACUCCGUCCGCAUCCUCACCCGCAACCUCGAAAGCCCUCGCGCGCAAAAGCUCGCCCAACUCCCCCACGUCGAGCUCGUCAAAGGCAGUCUCGACAAAGACGAGGACCUGCGCAAAGGCUUCCAUGGCUGCUGGGGCGCCUUUGUGAACCUCGACGGCUUCGUCAUCGGGCAGAAGAAUGAGCUCUUCUGGGGCAUCCGCAGUUAUCAGCUGGCGCAGGAAGCUGGUGUGAAGUUCUUCGUCUGGGGUAACCUCGACUACGUCUCCCGCGACGGCAACUACGACCCUCAAUUCCGCACCGGGCAUUACGACAUCAAGGGUAUCGUAGGCGACUGGAUUCUGUCGCAAACCAAAUGGCACGCCGAACGGGCCCAGACUUUUCCCUCGCGCGAACGCACUUCAAUGGGCGCCGCGCUGUUCACCACGGGUCCGUAUCUCGACAUGGUCUUGGCCUCGCACACCAUCAUGACUCCCACUAUCGCUUCCGACGGCGUAGUGGAAUGGCGCGUCCCACUCCACGACGGCGCCGUGGCGCACAUUGCGCUCGAGGAUUGUGGCAAGUACGUGCGCUGGCAGUUCGACAACGCGUAUACCUCGGACGGCAAGCCCGGACGAGCCUCGGGAUUGGAUCUGGCGGUCGCCACGGAACACGUCCGGUACACCGACCUCGCCGCAGCUUUCAGCAAGGUCACUGGCAAAUCCGCUCGCUGUAUCGACAUGGACGAGGAUGAGUAUUGGGACCUGUACCCCGAACUCCGCGGGUACAAGUUCGGGAAGGACUAUGCCGGUAUGCGAGACGAUGACGGGAGUUUGCUGACGUGGCAGACGAACUUCGCCGGGUUCUGGCAUAUGUGGCAGCACUCCGGUGGUGAAGAUCCGUUGAUCAAGCGGGACUAUAAGCUGCUGGACGAGAUCCUGCCAGAUCGGGUGAAGAGUGUCGAGGAGUGGUUCACCAAGCACAAAGACCUGUGUAUGGCGGUCGCGGAAGGCAAGCUCGAGCCGGUGUUGAAGUUGCAUGAGGAUCGGCAGCUGGUGCGGGAUAAGCAGGUCAAGGCGAAUGGGCCGAGCUCGGAGUAUCCUUUGCAUGAGUAG